AAAUUAAGAUCAUAUACUCCGUACAAACCAAUUUUCUCUUUGUCAGGUAAUAUCCAUCAUGUUAAGUUAUCGGAAAAUCCACCCUCUCCGCCGCGUCACCGCCGCAACCCUCCCAUUCUCCUCCAAUGACAACCACCACAUCUCCACCAUUAACUCUAAAUCCGAACUGCUCGACUUAUACACUGUUACACCCCCAAUCAAACCCUGGCCACGAAAACUCACCCACAAACGCCUCUGCUCCAUCAUCACCCAACAGCAAAAUCUCGAUCUCGCCCUUCAAAUCUUCCACUACGCCGGAAAUUACCACCCGAAUUUCCAUCACACUUACGAAACCUACCACUCUAUUAUCCACAAGCUCUCCCGCUUGCGCACUUUCGAGCCCAUACCCUCCCUCUUAAAUCAGUUACGCUGUUCACAUAUCAAAUGCGGAGAAAAUGUAUUCAUCACGCUAAUUAGGUAUUACGGUCUUGCCAGCAGACCGAAAGAGGCAAUCAAAAUGUUCCUUCAAAUUAAUGAUUUUGGAGUGCAAAGGUCAGUUCGUUCGUUAAAUACUUUGUUAAAUGUUUUGGUUCAGAAUAAGAAGUACGAUUCUGUGUACCUUAUGUUCAAAAAUUGCCAGAAGAGGUUCAACAUUAUGCCCAAUGUGUUCACUUGCAAUAUAUUAUUAAAAGCCCUGUGUAAAAAGGAUGAUGUUGAGGGUGCACUCAAGGUGCUUGAUGAAAUGCCUGGAAUGGGAAUGGUGCCUAAUGUGGUGAGUUACACUACUAUUAUGUCUGGAUACGUGGAUCGUGGUGAUAUGUCGGGAGCAAAGAGAAUGUUCGAUGAGCUCUUGGAUCGUGGCUGGUUGCCUGAUGCAACCACAUACACGGUUCUGAUGGAUGGGUUUUGUAAAUUGGGGCACUUUGUUGAUGCAACGAAGGUGAUGGAUGAGAUGAUAGAGAAUAGGGUUGAGCCGAAUGAUGUUACAUAUGGUGUCAUGAUUGAGGCGCUGUGCAAAGUGAAGAAGUCAGGGGAAGCAGUCAAUAUGAUUGGUGAUAUGCUUGACAGUAACUAUGUCCCCAGCUCAGCUUUAUGUUGUAAGGUUAUAGAUGUCUUGUGCAGGGAAGGGAAGGUCGAUGAAGCUUGCAGCUUGUGGAAGCUAUUAUUGGUGAAGAACUGUACCCCAGAUAACGUGAUACUGAGCACACUCGUGCAUUGGCUCUGCAAGGAAGGGAAGGUUUGGGAAGCAAGGAAGUUGUUUGAUGAGUUUGAAAAGGGUUCUAUACCUAGUGUUUUAACGUAUAACACGCUCAUUGCAGGCAUGUGUGAUAAAGGGGAGUUGUGUGAGGCUGGGAGGUUGUGGGAUAACAUGGUAGAAAAGGGUUGUCCUCCCAAUGCUUUCACUUUUAACUUACUUAUUAAAGGGUUCUGCAAAAAGGGUUAUGCAAAGGAAGGGAUCAAGAUAUUUGAGGAGAUGUUGGGUAAAAGGUGUUCUCCAAAUGAAUCCACUUACUCUAUCUUAAUUGAAGGGCUCUGCAGCUCUGGUUGUGAAGAUGAUAUACUGAAUGUUCUUGGUGCUGCUGUCUCUAGUAAAGUGGAGGUCAAGUCUGAUUCUUGGAGCAUUCUAGUUAAAAAGUUUGUUCCUGAUUGUGGAAACAUAAACGUCACUUUGGAAAGAAUUUUAUUGGAGAAUGUGGAUUAAGGUUUCCGUGCCAAUUGACUUUGGAUGAAUGCGUGGAGGUCAGUGCUCUGGUUAUGCAUGUAAUGUUUAGUGUGUAAUGAUAUGAAUAGCUUUGUGUUGUCUGGACUUUCUUUUGAUCGGGAGAUAUCUGAGGCCAAAGCUUACAUUAGCUAAUAUCUGCCAGGGUACGCAACCUCCACAUUUUCCUUUGUAUUUCACUUAUGCACCUGUUUCGUACCCUGGCAGAUAUUUGGAGGCAAUAAAGGCAAUUUCCUUUGUGUUCUA